AUGAUUCUUUCUAGGCGAUUUCUUCGAACAUCAAAUCAAUUAGGACAUUUUGUUCGUUGUUAUUCGAUAAAAUGGCCAUCGUCUCGUGUGCGACAAACAUUCAUCGAUUAUUUCACUCAACAUGCUUCAAUUCCUCAUACGAUAGUUCCGUCGUCGUCAGUUAUUCCACCGAAAGAUUCAGGAACAUAUUUUGUCAACAGUGGAAUGAAUCAAUUCAAAAGCAUUUUUCUCUCUCAACAAAAUCAGAAUGUUCGCCAAUGUGUGGUUAACCAUCAGAAAUGUAUUCGAGUCGGCGGAAAACAUAACGAUCUGUCCGAUGUCGGGCACGAUACAUAUCAUCAUACGUUUUUUGAAAUGUUAGGCAAUUGGUCUUUUAAUAAUGCGUAUUUUAAACGACAAGCAUGUUCGAUGGCUUAUGACUUAUUGACAAGAGUUUAUGGCAUUGAUAAAAAUCGAUUAUUUUUCACCUAUUUUAAGGGGGAAGAAAAUUUAGUUGAUGCUGAUGAUGAAACAAGACAAAUUUGGAUUGAAUUAGGAAUUGACCCGAAAAGAGUUUUACCCUUUGGCAUGAAAGAAAACUUCUGGGAAAUGGCAGAAGUGGGACCAUGUGGACCAUGUACGGAAAUACACUAUGACCAUACGGGUCAAGGAGAUCCAACGCAAGUGAAUAGAGAUAAUCCACAGGUUGUGGAAAUAUGGAAUUUGGUUUUCAUGCAAUACGAACGACGACAAGAUAAAUCUUUAAUACCAUUGACUAACGUCCAUGUCGACACUGGUAUGGGUCUUGAACGUCUUAUUGCUGUUCUCAAUCGCGUUGAAUCGAACUAUGACACUGAUCUAUUUACUCCAUUGUUUCAAACCAUUCAUUCCUAUUGCCCAAAAUCAUCAUCAAUUCUUCCCUAUUCGCAAGCGAAUUGCAAUCAGCAAUAUGCUUAUCGUUUAUUAGCAGACCAUGCGCGAAUGUUCACCAUCGCGAUUGGUGAUGGUGUGGUUCCUGAAAAGAAAGGCAUCGGUGGUUUAGUGAAGAAAAUGAUUGAACGAGCGGCACGCAUCGCACAUGAAUCUUUACAUAUCGACGAAGAAAACGUGGCUAUUCUAUCGAAAUUGAUACCCGUUGUCACAGAUAUUCUUUCUCCAGCAUAUCCAGAUUUGAAGGAGAAAGUCAAUCGCACUUCUGAACUUGUUCAAUUGUGUGAAUUAAACUACAUGAAGAAGUACAAAUUAGCAAAACCAUUGCUGGAAAAGUUCAUCAAUGAAAAAUUACAAAAAUCGGAUUAUAUGAUCUCUGGUGAAGAUAUUCAUCGAUUAUAUGCUGGUCGAUUCGAACAGACAAAUGUUCCAAUUGAAAUGAUCGAAGAUUAUACACGCUUGAAUCCAUUAUUAAAACCCGAUUGGAAUCGAUUUGAAGAACUAAUGCGUGAAGAAACACGAAAGAGUAAAUUAUAUUCUGUGUAUAACAAAACUAUUAAAGAUAAUCAAACGGUCUCUUCGCAUCCAACUGAUCAAAUCUUGGAUUUAAUUAAUCAAUCUUCUGCAAUCCAAGCAACAGUCGAUGAACCUUAUAAAUAUCAACCAGAUCAGCCAUUAAAUGCACGAAUUCAAUUGAUUAUCAAUGAUAAACUACAGUCUGCUAAAUCAGUUGAUAAAAAUUCGAAAUAUUACAUACUUCUUGAUCGAACACCGUUCUAUUCAACCAGUGGUGGUCAAGCCUCCGAUCACGGAACACUUCAAUUUUCGAAUAAUCUCACUUUUCAAGUCGAAAACGUUUUUCGUCUGCACAAGCAUGUUCUUCACUAUGGUUCAUUUCUUCAGACUGGAACUUUGACGGAUACACAUGUCGAAUGUUUUAUAAAUCGAGAUCGAAGACUGAAUCUCAGUCGGAACCAUACAGCAACACAUUUAGUCAAUAAAGUUUUACGAGACGUUUUGAACGAUCGAAAUUUGAUGCAGAAAGCGUCGCUAAUACAUGAAGAUUAUUUCAUUUUUGAAUACUCAUCGAUCAAUACUGAUGCGACACAGCGUACCUUCGAAGAAUUGGAAAAUAAAAUCAACGAAAUGAUUCAUCUCGAUCUUUCAAUUUCGACAAAUAUGCUCGAUUACAAUUCCAUUCAUUCUGAUUCGACAAUUUCUCGCUUACCGAAUGAAGUUUACCCACCGAAUGUUCGUUGUGUUAACAUUGAUUCAACAUAUUCACGUGAAUUAUGUUGUGGCACGCAUGUAUCAUCUACACGUGAAAUUGAAGACUUUCUCAUUGUUCGAAUCGAUUCGAAAGGUCAAAGUAACAAGCGUUUGUACUGUUUGACUGGUUCAUUUGCGAAACACGUUCGAGAUUCGUUUGAAAAUGACUUUCAACAAAGAUUCCAUUAUCUUGAACAAAACCGAGAGCGAAUACCAUUGGAUUAUUUAUACAAUGAAUGUCGGAAAUUACGCGAAACUUAUUUGAGUGACAAAUCUCUUGAAUUUCCGUACAAUCAACGUGCAAAUUAUUUGGAUCGUUGGCAUCGAUUGACUCCGGAAAAGAAAACUUUAAGAAAGUAUUUCGUCAAUCAAUUAAAUGAAGAUUUAACAAGGAAUUUCAUGCAAUCCAAUGCUGAUUUACCUAUUUAUGAUAUUGGUUAUAUGCUUUUGCGUUACGACGAUGAAACAAAUAGUCGAAAACACCAACCUUAUGUCAUCUACGUGAAUACGAAUCAAAAGAUGAUGAUUAUUUACAUGAAAAAUCCUCGUCAACGUAGUCAAUUGAUUGAACAUAUGAAAAAGCGAUAUAAAAUGAGCGUCAUGACAAAUUUCGAUGAUUACGAUCAGCAAACUCGUGAUUUAUUCACUGCAACAAAGAAACUAGUUGUUUUUCAAAUAAAUUUCACAGGUAGUACUCGUCAAACGUGUAUGGAAGUUGGUGAAACAAUGGUAGAAAUCAUGCGAGGAACACCUGUAUCAAAUACAACAACAAAUAAUGCUGCAGCAGCAUCGGGAGAAACACAUGAAGGCAUAAAACAAUAUUAUAUUCAGAAAAUUGAGGAACUUCAAUUAAACGUUGCAGAGAAAAGUCAGAACUUACGACGUUUACAAGCGAAACGAAAUGAAUUGAAUGCUAAAGUUCGGAUGUUACGUGAGGAAUUACAACUCUUACAAGAACAAGGUUCACUCGUUGGCGAAGUUGUGAAAGCAAUGGACAAGAAGAAAGUACUCGUGAAGGUUCAUCCGGAAGGUAAAUUUGUUGUUGAUCUCGACAAGAACAUUGACAUGGCAAAAGUAACACCAAGUUGCCGUGUAGCUUUGAAAAAUGAUAGUUAUACUUUACAUAAAAUUCUUCCAAAUAAAGUUGAUCCUCUCGUUAGUUUAAUGAUGGUAGAAAAAGUUCCUGAUUCCACAUAUGAAAUGGUUGGCGGUCUUGAUAAACAAAUCAAAGAGAUCAAAGAAGUUAUUGAAUUACCUGUCAAACAUCCCGAAUUAUUCGAUGCUUUGGGUAUCAGUCAGCCAAAAGGUGUUCUGCUCUACGGUCCGCCAGGUACUGGUAAAACUCUGCUAGCUCGAGCUGUUGCUCAUCAUACUGAAUGUACGUUCAUUCGUGUGUCGGGUUCUGAGCUUGUACAGAAAUUCAUUGGUGAAGGUUCACGAAUGGUUCGAGAACUUUUCGUUAUGGCUCGUGAACAUGCACCAUCGAUUAUUUUCAUGGAUGAAAUCGAUUCCAUCGGUUCCACACGUGUUGAAGGUAGUUCAGGUGGUGAUAGUGAAGUACAACGAACUAUGCUUGAGUUACUCAAUCAACUUGAUGGUUUUGAACCGAAACAAAAUAUCAAAGUUAUUAUGGCAACAAAUCGUAUUGAUAUUCUCGAUCCUGCACUUCUCCGACCUGGUCGAAUUGAUCGUAAGAUCGAGUUUCCUGCUCCUAGCGAAGAAGCACGUUUAGAUAUUCUCAAAAUUCAUUCACGUAAAAUGAAUUUAACACGUGGAAUCAAUCUGAGAAAGAUAGCCGAAAUGAUGCCUGGUGCAUCAGGUGCUGAAGUGAAAGGUGUUUGCACGGAGGCUGGUAUGUAUGCUCUUCGAGAACGACGUGUCCAUGUUACACAAGAAGAUUUCGAAUUGGCUGUUGCGAAGAUCAUGCAAAAGGAUUCGGAGAAGAACGUUUCGUUGAAAAAGCUUUGGAAUCGAGCGAUGAUUUCAGAUCGAACUAUGGAAUUACGCUUGGCACUAAUUCGCUCACCGAAUUAUCCCGAUACGAUUAAUGUUGAUGAGGAUCUUCAAGAUUAUUUCAGCGAACCGAGACGCAUAAAAUUAAACGAUCAAAUUACAAUUCGUCCUCUGUUACAACCAGAAUUAGAAGUGCAUUUUCUUGUUUCAUCUAUGAAAAGUGAAGAUGCUUUGAUUUCCGUUGAUAAUUGUCGAAUAAUCAUUGAUACAAAAAACAUCCGUCAAGAAAAACUCAUUCCUACCUCAUCGACGACAGACGAAACAAUUGUAUUCGCCAGUCAACGUCUAUGUCAAAUGUUAACAACAUUUGAUGUUCAGUGGUCGAAACAAACAUCUAUACCAACAAUUCUUAUCCACGGAAUGAAUCAUUUCAAUGCUUUAGUUGAUUACGCCUGUCGACAUUGUGGUUACCAUUGUCAUACAGUAUCUAGUCAGCUGUUUGCGGGUGAUUCAGCCGCAGCGACAGUCAAACGAAUUGAACAAGCGAUUCAAUCUGCAUGUAAAUCUACACCGUGUGUAUUGUUUUUUAAUAACGUGAAUUAUUUGUGUAAAUUAACUGAUGUUGAAAAUGAUGAUGCGAUUGUAACAAAUGGAAUUCGAAAAUUGAUUCAACAAUUACAAUCUACGUUGAAUGAGAAUGGACCAUUGAUUAUUCUAGCAGCUGUUCAGAAGCUUCACCUACUAAGCGAACAAGUUUUGAGUUUAUUCAGUUAUACACUAGCCAUUCCAGCAAUUCCGAUGGAAGUACGAAAGAAUUGGCUUCGUACUCGACUAUCGAAUAUCUCAGUUGCAGAUGAUUUCAAUUAUGAGCUUGUUUUAGCUCAAACGAAAGGUUGGCCAAUAAGUGAAGUCGAUCAACUAAUUCGUCUAACUAUCGAAGCUGCUUAUUGGCGAUCACUUGAAUCAUCAACCAAUUCAAUCAUGUUGACAAACACUGAUUUUGAACAAGCAUUGAAAAAGAGUCAUACGUCGAAGCUAUCUAGUCAACGAAAAGCCAUGAUACCCAAUGUACGCUGGAGUGAUAUUGGUGGGUUGUCCACAGCGAAAAAAGAGAUUUUGAAUACGAUUCAAUUACCGUUACUUCAUCCGGACUUAUUUGGUGAUUUAGCGAGAACUGGAAUUCUUCUAUAUGGUCCACCAGGAUCCGGCAAAACUUUGUUAGCAAAGGCAGUUGCAACGGAAUUUUCUUUAAAUUUUUUAUCUGUUCGUGGUCCGGAAUUGUUAAAUAUGUACGUUGGUCAAAGCGAACAGAACGUUCGUGAUCUAUUUGAGCGUGCUCGUCUUGCUUCACCAUGUAUUCUGUUCUUUGAUGAAUUGGAUUCACUUGCACCGCGCCGUGGUCGAACUUCGUCGGAUUCAUCUGGUGUGAGUGAUCGUCUUGUUUCCCAAUUACUCACAGAAAUCGAUCAACAACAAGCUGAACAUCAUAUAUUUAUCAUCGGAGCAACAAAUCGACCUGAUUUAUUAGAUGAUGCAUUGUUAAGACCAGGUCGUUUUGACAAAUUGAUUUACAUUGGAAUAACCAACGAUCACAAUGAUCGAAAGCAGAUGUUUCACGCAUUAACACAAAAGUUUCAAAUAUAUGACAAAGAUUUUGAUGUUGAUGAGUUUGUCCGUUCGUGUCCAUUGAAUAUGACUGGUGCUGAUUUUUAUGCCUUGGCGAGCGAUGCUUAUCUUCGUGCAAUUCGGCGGUUGAUUACAAAUAGUCAAAAUGAACAGGAAGAUCAACAAGUGACUCUAAUGAAAAGCGAUUUUUAUGAUUGUUUAGCCGACUUCAGUCCAUCACUAGAUGAAAAUGAAAUUAAGCACUGGUCUCGAGCAGCACUGUUAUGGAAAACAACUUGUGACUAUCGUGUUCCGACAAUUGAACUUCUUACUGGUGAAUUAUUACUCACUCGAACAUCUCUCACUACAAUAUGUCCAUUAAAUUAUACCUUGAAACUCGAAGUUGUCUCACCGCACAAUACCACCAUUUAUCAACUGGCCGUUGAAUUAAAGUAUACCAAAGCAUUUCAUAUCAAUAUAACGAAUGAUCAAUCAACAGUAACAUUACCGUUCUAUUGCAAUAACAAAAAUCAGCAUAAUAUUCAUCGAAAUCAAAAGGAGCUGUUUGUCGGCAAUGCACAUUUUCUCCUCAAUAAACAAUUUGUCGAUCAGCAACAAUGCCAAUUCGAGAAAAAUCCCUAUCGAGUUCGCCUACGAGAAAAUGAAUUGUAUAAAAAUUUCCUCCAAUUAAAACCGAUUGUAUCGUGUUCAGCGACGCCAAAUUAUCUGCUCGCGUCAUCGAAUUCCAAACGAAAUUUCGAAUACUUUCAAAUCGAUUCUUCCACCGGAUAUCUAAGUUUAAUUCAUUCCUUAGACUACGAGUCAACCACAACAUGGAAACUAGUUAUUCAAGGUCACGAUCGAUCACAUAUUCCAUUUUACACCUAUGUGAUCAUUGAAGUCGAAGAUAUUAAUGAUUGUUCACCGUUAUUAUCAUGGAAUUUUCCAUUGCAAACAAUCGAUAUUCUCAAUGACACCGAUUCAUUCAAUAUUCACAUCGGCGUACUCGAAUCUAAAGUUGAACAAACGGAUGUCAUCAUAGCAAAUCUAAUUGCGUCAGAUUUAGAUGCGUUACCCUAUCAUUUUGAACUCAAAUUCAAUUCUUCGCAUUUAUUACCAUUUCAAAUUUACGGUCCAUUUGCUGAUUCAACAUUUGUACUAUCCACAACAACGAAACUCGAUCGGGAGUAUCAAGAUCAAUAUAUUCUACAUCUAAUUUUGUCUGAUAAUGGUCAACCGAAUUUGUCGUCAUUCUAUCAAUUGACGAUUUCAAUCUUGGAUGAUAAUGAUAAUGCGCCGAGAUUCGAUAAACCGAUUUAUUAUGUUGAUAUUCAAGAAAAUAAUCUAGUUAAUACGAUUUUACUGCAAGUGCAUGCAAAUGAUUCAGAUAAAGAUGAUAAUGGUCGAGUAACUUAUGAAUUGGAUGAUUAUUUUAAUAAUUUUAUUACAAUUGAUAAUCAAACAGGAAUUAUUCGAACAAAAAUCCAAUUUGAUUAUGAACAAAUGACUAAUUUCACAUUCAAUGUCACUGCUGUCGAUCAUCCCAAGACCGGACAACGAUUAAAAACCACUGCGAUUGUGUUUGUCAAUAUCAUCGAUCAAAACGAUAAUUUUCCAAAAUUUCCCCAAUCCACUUACGAAUUCUCCAUGUAUGAAAACAAUUCUCCUAAUAGUUACAUUGGUCAAGUAACUGCUUACGAUGCUGAUCAUUCUCCGUUAAUCUAUUCUCUCGACAAUCCUUCCCCUCAAAUUUCAUCCCUCUUCCAAAUUUCUCCUUCCGAUGGCAAAAUCUAUGCACUUAAUCCUCUUGAUCGUGAACAAUUUAAUCAGUACAUCUUUUAUGUAAUCGCAUCCGAUGGUCAGCACAAAUCCUCCCGGGUUAAAAUUCAUAUUAAUAUUCUUGACUUAAAUGAUGAAAUUCCUCGAUUUACAUUUCCUAAUGAUAAUAACGAUACAUUGAUUAUCGAUCGAACUUAUUGGCGAACUGAAGAUUCCAUUUGUCAAAUAGAUAUUCAAGAUCAUGAUCAGAUUCCCAAUCAUACUCUCAUGCUUGUGAAUAGUCUUAGUCAAUUGAAAAACUAUGAUUAUCUGUCCGAACAGAAACCAUCGCUUCAAUUCGAUUCAUCAAAGUUCUAUCUUGAUAAAUACGGCAAACUUUAUUUCAACUCGACAAAUUCAACGACAUUGAACGAAGGAGUGUAUUACUUAGCCUUCAGAAUCAUUGAUGGAGAUAAUUUUUUCGAUGAGAAAUUAUUAAAACUAAUUGUUGUUAACAAUUACGAACGUGUUCAAACAAUAGUUAAACUCUACGAUCAUCUGGGUUCACAUAUCAACAAUCGCUUUUCGUAUCUACAAUAUCGUUCGUCAUCGCAUCAUCAACCAUCACAACCACCAAAUCAUCACUCGUAUCGUUCACGUCAUCCAUCAUCUUUGGAAGAAUCCAAUCGAUUUCUUGUUUUCAUUGUUAUUACCGUUCUAAGCAUUAUUCUCAUUGGUAUUACAUUUCUAUUCAUUUCCUUGAUCAGAAGAAAAGCAUUGCAACAGAAGGAAUUGUUGAAAAAGCAAGAUUCAAUAUCAACAUCGUCAGCGUUGCAACAACAAUCGGAUAGUUCGACGAUGAAUUUAUUUAAAUCACCCACCCUCAAUCCUCAUGAUAAACGGCAAAGUUUACGUGUUAGCAAUUGUUAUGAAUACAACGAUCUGUCCUCAUCACCAUCGUUACUCAUGUUGAACAAAGAUUCGAUCUUACCAUCAUCCGUUCUCAAUGAUAAUUGUUGUUUAUUAGAAAAAUUAAAUGAAAAAGAAAUUUAUGACGAACAAAGAAGCAAAACUUAUUCUUCAUGGGUAUUAUCAACGACAACUCGUCCGGAGUCUCGUUAUUCUCAACGUAGUGCUGAUUCAUCCACUUUUCAUUCGUUAAAUCGUCUCUCAAUUCCGUCACAAAUCCACUCAACAACAAGUCUCUCUCAACAACUAUGCUCACCUAAACGACAUUCGACUAUUACCUACGAAUCCACUGCAACAACAAUCACCACAAACUCAACGACUCAACCGGCAUCCACACCGACUGAUUACAGCGUAGCAACUGUUUCAUCUUCGUCAACAAAUAACUCUCCGCACACACCUGUUAGCUCCGAUGAUGGCUUCUGUGGUUCAUCUGAUAUCUCUGAUCCACCAAUGCCCGUCGGAAGUAUGAAUUUAUUAACAUCUCAUGCACAUCAAACCUUCCGUCAACCGUACACAAUGAUGAAAGAAGGUAUUAUCCAAAAAAGUUCGCAUUCACCAUCAUUUUCAGCAUUAAUCAAUCGUUUAAAUGACGUGUCAACGCCAACAAAUAGUACGGAUACGACGCGACGUGUUCGAUUCAAUCUUGAAUCGGAAGAUAAACAUCAGCAAAGGACUAUUCUACCAUUACCAACAUCGAAUUCACCAGGUCGACUAGCAGAUCAUGCGUUAAGACGAUUUGAACAAUUGUACAUGAAUCGAGAUCAUGUUUUAGAUAAACAAUCUUUAGAUUCGACAAUCUUAUUUUCAAAUUCGACAGUCGUCUAG